AUGAUGUUCACCCGCCUCGCCGUCGCCGUCGGUCUCUCCGCCACCCUUGCGGCCGCCAUGCCCGGAGGUGAGCCCACCAAGACGGUGACCGUCACCGCGACCCCGCCCGCCUCGACGGGCUCGACGUGCUCCACCGGGGACGUCCAGUGCUGCAACUCCCUCGAGUCGGCCGACUCGCCCUCGGGCUCGCUCCUCCUCGGCCUCCUCGGCAUCGUCGUCCAGGGCGUCGACGUCGUCCUCGGCAUCAACUGCUCCCCGAUCUCCGUCAUCGGCGUCGGCGGCGGCAACUGCAACUCGAACGUCGUCUGCUGCCAGAACAACAACGUCGUGCGGCGGCUCAUCUCCAUCGGCUGCGUCCCCAUCAUCCUCUAA